UGAAAACAUUCCAAGAGCCGACAGAAAGCAACAGAGUCCGUCCGACCAAAGCCAUGGGUCUAGAAGAAGCUGGAGAUUUGGUUCUCCACAUCAUACUGUCCAAAAUCGGACCUGAAAACACAGCUAGAGUGGCUUGCGCCAGCAAACGCCUUAAGGCUUCCGCCUCCGAAGACUCUCUCUGGUCAAUCUUCUGCUCCCUUGAUCUCAACAUCUCUACUCCUCUUGAUCCCCAUGGAGAUCCUUCUCCUUCCUUCAAGGAGGCGUAUCAGUCAUGGAGAGAGUCCUUUAGAAUGUAUCCAUGGAACCUUGUUAAACGCGUUAGAAGUUGUUGGGACAAUCUCAAACUAUGGUUAAGCUUAAACUUCCCUGAAGCAAAAGCAACACUGAGGAAAGGAGCCACAGAGGAUGAACUUGAAGAGUUUGAGUCUGCUCUCAAAGUCAAACUUCCUCUCCCCACAAGGCUUCUCUACCGUUUCGUCGAUGGCCAAGAACUUUCUUCCUCCUCCUAUGCUCUUGAUGGGUCUCUAGGCCUUAUUGGUGGCUAUUCUGUGUACUCUCAUGAAGUUAAUGUCUACUUGCUACCCCUCAAGGAAGUUAUAAGAGAGACCAACGAAACCAUGAGUGAUCUCGGUGUCUCUAACGGAUCAAACUUCAUCGUUGUGGCUGCAUCCGUGUCAGCUAGUUUGAAAAUGUUUUUCCUAGACUGCAGUAACGGACAGCUUUAUACUGGGACAAGUACACGCCAAAUGCUUCCUUGUGUACCUGACUCUUUGGUCAGCAUCAACGGCGAGCAGGAACAACAAGACGCUAUGCUGCUUUGGUUGGAAGAACAUGGCAGGAGGUUACAAACCGGUGUUAUAAAAGUCCAUGAGCAAGAUAACAUCAAGAGUAUCAGUUUGUUUCCGGAGGUUCCUCCCUUGUGUUCUGUAGCUGUAACUAAUGGUGUUCAGGUACGUGCUUCAUCUGUGUUUAUCCCUGAAGUAUCUAACCUUCGUGAUCACCCACCUGCUUACUGGUAUGCAUAUUCCAUCCGCAUGUCUCUCAUGCCAGAAGGAUGCUUCUUGAACGGGAGACAUCAUAGCUCUUGUCAGCUUUAUUGGAGGCAUUGGAUUAUCCGAGCUGAUGAUGAGGUGAUAGAUAAAGUCAAUGGAGAAGCUGUGAUAGGAAAGUACCCUCUCUUACAACCUGAGGAAGAAGAGUUUGUGUAUGAGAGUUGUUCAAAUUUUCCAACAACUAGUGGAUCCAUUGAAGGAUCUUUCACCUUUGUGCCUGGAAGUUUGAAAGAUCCGAAAGGAGGUCAAUUCGAAGUCAAAGUUGAAGAGUUUCCUCUGAAGUUACCAGACUACAUCUUCUAAAACUCAUCUGCCUCUCUAGGUUUUGUUACUGUUUCAAGAUAAUGUGUUUUGUUCAUGCAGUGUGGAAUGUACUUUUUAAGAACAGAUUGUUCAAUAAAUAACUGUUGAAGUUGAGUACACC